UCCAAAUCAGGUUCAAGGAUCAGUUGCAAAUUUGACCCUCACUUGUCGAAUUCAGAAGACAAGCUUUACUAAAUACGUUGAUUUUUACUGAUUAACAAUGGAGGAAGAAACUCUUGAUCCUUGGUGCAAUCCUGAGGAACCACGCGUGGUCCAAUUUGAGCAAAUAAGCGCUGCAGCUUACCGAGUUCGAGAAGGUAUUGUUCGUACACCUUGUGAUCGAUCGCAUUUAUCCGAAGAGUCAGGGAUGGAGAUAUUUUUAAAAAAAGAUUACAUGCAAUACACAGGAAGUUUCAAAGAACGCGGAGCGCGUUACAGUCUGAUUCAGUUGGAUCCGAAGCAAAAGAAGAAGGGCGUGAUUUCAGCCUCAGCGGGAAAUCACGCCCAAGACAUGGCAUAUCACGGUGGUCAAUUAGGCAUUCCUGUUACCGUGGUCAUGCCUGUCAUUGCACCCAUCAUGAAGAUUGAAAACUGCAAGAAGUAUGGCGCAAAUGUGGUGAUUCAGGGGCAAAACAUGGGCGAAUCCAAGGCUUACGCCUUGAAGUUGGGGAAAGAACGCGGGUUGUUGUACAUCAAUGGUUUUGACCACCCAAACAUAUUGGUUGGCCAAGGUACCAUGGGGCUAGAAAUUUUGGAACAAGUCCCAGACGUCGACGCAGUAGUUAUUCCUGUGGGUGGAGGUGGGCUACUAGCUGGUUGUGCUGUGGCCUUAAAAACCAUGAAACCAGAUAUCAAAAUCAUUGGUGUGGAGCCAGAACUGUGCCCUUCAUUUACCAACGCCAUGAAAGCUGGGCAUCCUGUGAAGACCCCUACCGAACCAAGUUUAGCCGAUGGUCUUACCGUUCCCACGGUGGGUGUAAACGCCCUCGCCACGGCUGCUCCAUAUAUGGAUCGGAUGGUCACUGUGUCCGAGGAGUGGAUCGCCAUUUCCAUCCUAAGAUUGGUGGAGAUGGAAAAAGCUGUGGUGGAAGGAGGAGGCGCUGCAGGAGUUGCAGCCAUUUUGGCAGGACUUUUACCAGAUUUACGCGGGAAAAAGGUUGUAGUGCCACUUUGCGGCGGUAAUAUUGAUACAACCAUCUUGGGACGAUGCCUGGAGAGAGGUUUGGCGGCAGAUGGUCGCUUGGUGAAGUUUACAGUCACGGUUAGCGACCGUCCUGGAGGAAUUGCCGAAUUGGCCAAGACCCUUUGCAACUGUGGAGUGUCUAUCAAGGACAUGGUUCAUGAGAGAGCCUGGAUUAAGAACGAUAUAUUUUCUGUCGAGGUAAAAGUCUUAGCUGAGACCAGGAACCAUCGCCAUACUAGUCAAAUGGUGCGGAUUCUCCGGGAGAAGUAUGACAUGCGAGUAAAAGGCAAACAUGAUGAGGAACUGGACGAUGACUUUGGAGAUGACGAAGCAGUCGGUCUCACCAACGGGUAUAUGGUAUCUAAUUCCUUGAGUGAACCCGACAAUAACACGUUUGCAGGACAUGUUGUCGAAGAUGACUCUGAAUCAGACACGGAAUCCGAGGACGACGAAGCCCACAUGUCAGAGAAUGUCCUUUCAGAUUUGGACGUGGACAAAACUCAGGACAGUGGUUGGGAUGAAUCCCAAGGGUCGGAUAUAAAGUCUCGGAAGUUCAAUGCACCUCUACCUAAGCCAACUCUCACCCCAAUUAUCACGAUUGAACCCCCAACUGAGAAAAGAAUUUCGAGGGGAUCACGCAAGAGCAAACACUGAUGUUAGUGUUGUCUAGUCACGUGUUUCUUAUAGUUUGUAGAGAAAGAGAGAUCGAAAUAUACGUUCGUACUGUC